AUGAGUUUCCUUGACUCGGUUCUCUCGUCACUUCAGACGGGCAAACCUUCGCCCCUCCCGCCUUCCCAAGCAGCAGCUGUGCCAGCGCCACCCGCUGUCCCAAAAAGAGACGAGCGGAAGCCAAGUGCUGUGCGACCGCCAGCCCCUCCAAGUGGCAAUGUCGGUGGAGGUCUGAAGCGCAAGGCCGAGGACCAGCUGGCUAGGCCAGUGAAGCCCGAAACGAAGGUGACGAGCAGGCCCGCAAGCACGAAACCCGCUGCCACCGCUACCAAGUCUCCUAUUUUAUCUGCGCAACCCAGAGCCAUCUCCAAGCCGGCCUCCACCCUUACUUCCCGGCCAGCACCAGCCAAGCCUGUAUCCAAAAUCGGCACAUCUAUGGCGACAAAACCUGCACCUGCACCUGCACCCAAGGCACCGACUAAGCCCACGGCUGCAACCACCCCCUCCAAACCACCACCAAAGGGAUCUUUUGCGGAGAUUAUGGCAAAGGCACAAGCUUUGCAAGACAAAGCUCCUACAAAUGCCGGCACAUUCCGACAUCAGGCCGUUCCCAAAGAGAGAUUGAGCAAAAUUGAACGCAAGAGACGGGCCAUGGAAGCGCAGGCAAAAGAUAAAGAACCCCGCUCAACAAAGAAGCCCGUACCCGGCGCCACUGGCAAGGACAAGCUUGCCGCCACGAAGGGCAGCUCUGAGGGUCCAAAUUACAAAGGUACCGCCAAACCCGCCAAACCCAGCAAACAAACACCCGAGCCACCUUCUUAUCGUGGUACUGCUGGUUUGCCAUCUAGUCGUGGUGGAGGUGACCGCAGACAUCAAUCUCGCAGCCGAUCUCGCGGAAAUGAAUACCUCGGAACCGAUGAAGAAGAUGAGGGCGAUUACGGUGGUUAUGCGGGAUAUGAUGAUUAUUACUCCGAUGAGUCUUCCGACAUGGAAGCUGGACUAGACGAUGUGGACCGCGAAGAGGCUGCCGCGUUGAAGUUCGCUAGGCGGGAGGACGAGGAAGAGCUGCGCCGAGAGACAGCAGCAAAGAAUGAGAAGUUGGCGCGCCAGCAGAAGUUGGCAGCUCUUGCCUCUCGCAAGCGUUAG